UCGUCUGCUCUCCGGCUGGUCCGUCCGGAAAAACAUCUGUGUGCUUGCUCUAGUUCACACUUGACACUUGCUGAUUGAGAGCUGGUUCUAGUAGUUUCGUUUGCAGAUGGAAGACUCGGUGGGCGAGGAGGAAAGGAGGGAGCAGGAAAAGACGGUGGCGCAGGCGGGAGCGCGUCAAGAAGGAGUAGAAGCUAGUGGUGGUGGUGAGCCAGGUGAGGAUGGCGGGUUCCUGAGCGCCGUGGCGUCCAAGAUAGGCGCAGCGAUGUCCGGGACAAAUGACAGCGGCGGCGAGGUCAAUGUGACCGCGCCGUCUAAUGGUGAGGAGAAGGAGAAGGAAGACGGCAAUGGCGGCGGCGGAAUCUUCCAUAAGCUCCUGUCCAGCUCGCCCCCUGCUUCGUCGCUAGCAUCAGGAGCAAUGGAAACAGAGGAGGUGAAUGGGGAAGAGAAAGAUCAGGACGCGGUAGGCGAGCAAGCCGGGAUUCUGAGCGCUAUGGCUUCCAAGAUCGGCAUGACCAUGUCUGGCGCCAAUGGCAAUGGCAACCACAACAGCGAGGACGACGCCAAGAUGAGCAAUGGCGACGCUGUUGAUGGCAGUAAGGGUGAGGAGAAGGAGAAGGGGGACGAAGCGAAUGGUGGUGGGAGUCUGAGUGCCAUGGCCACCAAGAUCGGCAUGGCCAUGUCUGGCGCAAAUGGUGACGGGAACCAUGGCGGCAGCGGGGACGACGCCAAGACGAGCAAUGGCGAAGCUGUUCAUGGAAGUAAGGGUGCGGAGGAGGGGCACGAAGCGAAUGGGGGUGGGAUUCUGGGAGUUGUGGCUUCCAAGAUCAGCAUGGCCGUGUCUGGCACCAAUGGCAACGGAAACCACAACAGUGAGGACGAUGCUAAGACGAGCAAUGGCGAAGCUGUUCAUGGCAGCAAGAGCGAGGAGAAGAAGGGGGUAGAAGGGAAUGGCGGUGGGCUCGUUGAGCAGAUCAUCUCCAACCUGCCCUCAGGUGAUCAGGCGCCAGAUGCCGAUGAGGCUUCCCUGCUUAUCGCCAUUAUUGAAGACUAGCUCCAUGCCCCAUAAGCCCUCGGUCCUUCUCUUGCGAAAGCAUGUGUAAUUUUAUAUUUUAGACUAGUUAAAUGCUCGUGUGUUGUGAGGAGUAUUAUAAAUUUUCAAAAAAUAGUCAUUCAACAGUAAAGGGACUCAAUUUUCACAAAAUAACUUAGGGUUAAAAAUAAUUUUUGAAAUUAUUAUGCCACAUGAGAGGAAUAUUAGUGAAUUUUCCUAGAUUUUUGAGAAUUGUUUUGAGGCCUUAAAAUUGCUAGAAUUUCUAGGAGUAGCCCUAUUUGGAGAUUUUUAUUUUUAAAUCAACAAGGAAUAUGGAUGUGAAUUCUUUAAAAAAUGUAUUCAUCAUGAAUUAUAAACCAACAUAAAAAAUUUCGUCUUUUUUGAGCAUGGCAA